ACAUAUGGGUUAUUUAAUUAUUAUACGAAAAAAAUAAUUUUAUUUACAGUUUAAAUCCAAUUAAACAUGAACGAGAUUCUUCGGCCAGAAGUAUUAUGGAUAGAAGGGAGAUGUUACAGGGUAAACGAUCCUAACUUUGAUAUUGCAGCCUUUCAAGAACAUGAUUUGUAUGAAAAUGAUAUGGAUUACGACAGAGUAGAUGAUGAAGGAGAUGAUGACAAUUUUGAAGUGACCAGGAUUGAUGACAGCCGUUACUGUACUAGUUUACAUGUAUCAAAACACUAUAUAGGAUCAAUUAUAGGCAAAAAAGGUGUUAUUAAGAUGAGAAUUGAACGUGAUACUAGAACUGAAAUAAAAAUUCCAAGACAAGGUCAAUCAGGAGACAUUGUAAUCUUUGGUUCCAGUGAAUCUAAUGUGAAGGCAGCUAGAAGACGAAUAAAUAUAAUAGUGAUAUCAUCAAGAAUGAAACAGAAAGCUACACAUUUCUUAUCUAUUCCACUGAACACUCCAGAGAUUAUUGAGAAAUUUGAAAAAUUUAAGGAGAGUGUCCUGCGUAAUUGUCCAGACCGGGGUCUAGAUGAAACAUUGUUCAUCAAACCAAACAAACUGCACUUGACCAUAGGUGUAAUGUGCUUGAUGGACAAGGAAGAAAGACUGCGCGCCGCCCACCUGCUGACUGAAGCUAAACAGAAAAUUAUAAAACCUAUGCUCGAAAAUUAUUUGCCGCUGAAAUUGCGUCUGAAAGGGCUUUCCUACAUGAACGACGAUCCGCGUGAAAUAGACGUAUUGUACGGGCUGGUGCAAGAAGAGGACGCACCAUCAGGCUUGGUGCAGGGGCUUGUUGACGCACUUGUUGACCAUUAUUAUAAGGCUGGGUUCAUGGAAAGGAACGAGCGAGCGAAUGUGAAGCUUCAUGUCACUUUUAUAAACUCCAAGUACCGGAAAGGGACUUCUCGUACGAGUAUUGUCAACAAUGAAGAGCAAAGAAACGCGAAGAAACUGAGAGAGACCUUCGAUGGAUCCGGAGUGCUACAAAAAUUUGUCGACUUCGAUUUCGGCGUGACAGAACUAAAGGAAAUACAUUUGUCCCAGCGCCAUUGUAUCGCAAGCGACGGAUAUUACCAACCCACUUGUGUUGUUACUUGUACAACGGGUUGAUAAUAAAGUAAUGUUACAUAAUUUAUAUUUUUGCAAUAAA